AUGAGAUAUAAUUUUCACCUACGUGUUCAACAUCCGGGUGAGUCAGUUAAUUCUUAUGCUGUGGCGUUAAAAGAAGCUGGUGCAAAAUGUGGGUUUCGAGGUGAUGAAUAUGCCAGUAGACUAGUCGACCAGUUUAUUCUUGGACUGAGAGAUCGUACAACUCAGAGUAAAUUUUUGCAAGAACCCCCACGUGAUUUGGAUGAUGCUUUAUUGAUUGCAGGAAGAUUCGAAGCUGCAAAUGCAACGAUGCAAACAUUGGCUAUGCAAGGUCAGGGUACAGGCAAUAACAGUAUGAUCGGAGCUGUGCGUUCUAUGCGUAAAGUGGUUACAUGUUUUGCAUGCAAUGGAUUUGGACAUGUUGCAAAACAAUGCCCUACAUUAAGGAAUAGUUUCAAACAAGACACUCAGUUGUCGCCUAAAGUAUGUUAUCUGUGUCAAAAGCCUGGACAUAUAGCUCGUAACUGUUUUAUUUCCAAAUCAGGACAAGUUGAUGUGCAAAACAGUCAAGGUAAGCAUGUCCCUAAUAGAAAGUCUCUAGUUUGGUAUCGUUGUGGCAAAGAAGGUCACAUUGCCAAGUUUUGUUGGACGAUACUAAGGAGGCUGUACAAAGCCAAGAUCAACGUUUGAACAACCAGCAAAACCGAACUUGCAUGCAAAACGAAACACAAUCUAAGAUAAAAUUAUCAACAAUUUCCCCAGCAAGCAAAGGGAAAACCCUCAUGGUUGAAGCCCAGAUAAAAGGGAAAUCUAAGCUUUGUAUUGUUGAUACGGGUGCUUCAAUUUCACUAGUUAGCAAGAAUGAGUGGCAAUUAUUAAAGGGAAACAAUGCCUCUUUGACUCCAUCUGAUAUCCUUGCUGAGGCAGCAAACAAUUCCCCGAUAGGGAUUCUGGGUAAGACUACCUUGGAUGCUAAAGUUGACCCUGGACACAUAACAUGCGAUGAAUUUUAUGUUGCUAGUGGCAUGAUAUCUGAGAUUAUUCUUGGCCUGGACUGGCUAAUGAGUAAUAAAGUCAACGUUGACCUUUCAAGAAUAGCCCACGUGCAGGCCCAAGGGAAGAAUAGUGGGCCCCGCGUUCCACGCAGCAUUCUGAUUGGCUGUUUGCUAUUGGAUUCUAUAAUUAGGUCAGUGAUUCAUCACAAAGUCUCUCGAUAAGCUUUAAAUUCGAAAAUUGAGUGUUGGAAUAGCAACAUUACGACUGGGGUAAACUAUAGUAACCUUUGCUUGAGUUUCAUUAAUUUCAAACAGACUUGAUACGUUAUAUGUUCCUCAAGAAAAUUACUUUUUGGUUGAUGUUGACUCUGUUCUUGCACUGAAGAAAACAGCGCUGUUGAUUCGCGGUGAAAAUUUAGAGGCAGUUGCGUGUAAGCCUAUUCGAAACACUUUAAUUAAUUACGAUUUACAAGGCUUCGCUGAGAGAGUGAAACAGAAUACGGUAAUUGCCGUUUGAAACGAAACGAUCUGGACGCUCUGAACGCUCUCUUCUUUUGUAGAGUUCCUUACCAAAUGAAAUAACUGAAAUAAAUUUCGUACUUUCCGCCACCAACAAAAAUUGCAGACACGAUCUGAUAAGUGAGACAAUUUAUUUAUAACAAUGGCGACAGCGAAGCACUCGCACGACUUCCCUCACGAAUCACGAUUUGAAGUUUGAUACUGGUUUUCUGUUGAAAUUCGUCCUAAUUUGCCUGUUCCGACUUUAGUUGAAAAGAGCACUUGCAAAUUUGGCAAUUACUGACUGCGUUGCUUGCUUUUUUCGAGUUAAAACGCAGCUAUUUACACAUUGUUAUAAGCAGAGAAAACUCCGCAACAUUUUAAUGCGAGUUUAUUGUUAAUAUUUGGGUUGCUGUCAUUGGUUCUUUUUUGACAAUUGACGCGCGAAUGGGGGCGUGUUAUGAAAAGGGGCGUUUUACAAAAUACCGGGCCUUGCUUGCAGGCCCACUAUUCUUCCAUUGGGCCUGCACGCGGGCUAUUUCAAGAAUGGUGUUGACAUUUCCUGAUUUGUCUACCCUUGUCCGUGUUUCGACUGUGUCAGUAGCUGUUGUUUUGGACGAGGAUAUUGAAGUCCCGGCAAAGCAUGAAAUAUUUCAAACAGCUCGAAUAAGAAAUCCUACCAUUUGUGAAAGUAUUUUGGAACCGAACAUGAAACUAUCAGGAAAGGGUGUUUUAGUUGCUAGAGUUGUUGUUCAGCCAAAGGAACAAAGAGUUCCUAUCCAGAUAAUAAACCCAGGAACAGAACCGGUUAAGUUAUAUAAAGGGAUGAAAGUAGGAAAUCUAGAACAAGUCGAUGGUCUUAUACCAAAAGAUUCCCCCAAUGAUGUCAAUUUCCAACUUGAUCAUUUGCAACCAGAACAAAAAACAAGAAUGGAACACUUGCUAGUCACAAUGAUAUGUAUGUUUGCCACAAAUUCAGGAGAGUUAGGCCUUACAUCAGUAUCAGAGCAUAAGAUUGAAACUCAAGAUGCAGUGCCAAUAAAACAGUUGCCUCGACGUUUACCAAAUGCACUUCGACCUGUUGUAGAAGAACAAGUGAAAUGUUAG